AUGGCAGCAGAAGCCCCCCGAGUGGCCGCGGCUGUUCCCGGAUCUGGAGCUGGGGGUUUGGAGCCCGGGCAGGCCCUCGACCCGACCCAACCUGGCCAGCCCAGCCCAAGCCCGAAGGCCACCGAGCUCUGCCAACUGGCUCCGCACUGGAACCAGAGGGGCAUCCUUCUCACACUGGGCGCCUCCCACAUUGCCGUCGGGGUGCUGCACGCGGUCCUCGGGGGCUCCCUGGCCUUUUCAGUCAAGAACCUCCACCUGGUGACGCUGAAGUCUUGGUACCCAUUCUGGGGACCUGCCUCCUUCCUCCUUUCAGGGAUCUUGGCGGUAGCAGUGGCGGAGGUUUCGAAAACCUCUCUGAGGGCACUGUGCCUGAUCGCCAACCUCCUCAGCUUCCUCUGCGGGCUGGCUGGCCUCUGGAUCCUGGCCAAGGACAUCUUCCUGGAGAAACCAAAUCCGGGUGGGCCCCCGAUCUGGAGACCGUACCCCAACAGCACAGUGCACAUCCAGAGGUUGCAGCAGGUCCUGUUCAGCCUCACCUGGCUGGAGCUCUUACUGCCCGGGGUCACGGCCAUCUUCUCCGCCGUGGAUGACGAGUCUGCGGAGCAAGCGGGCCGGCGGGAGGGGCUCCGUGAGGGCCACUCGCCCGCGGUGUGUGGUGACAGUGGCUUCCUCGUGCAGAGCGAUGACUUGCCCCCGGUGCCCGCCGUGGAGUUGGUGAUCCGGGAGCUGCCCCCAUCCUAUGAGGAGGUGACAGGAGGAGGCACACGGGAGGGGCGGAGCAGCCGUGAAGAGGCCUGGGCCCAGCAGCAGCAGCAGCAGCAGCAGAGUCACCGGGUCCUCCCCCAGGGCAACCCCCGGGGCCAACGUGCUGUUUGGAGAACUGGGUGGCCUGUCCUGGUGGCCGAGGUGAUUGGUGGUCCCAUCUCCUCGGGCACAGAAGGGCCUCCAGGCCCCCACCCCUCCCACACCCCAGCAUCUGGUUGGUCAGGGCACAGCUAG